AUGUCAAUACCCAAGCAGUUGCCAGCAGAAGUAGUCUCUUGUAUCAUCGAGCAGGCUACUAGCGAUGAACCAUCCCUUUCGAAACUUGUUCGGUUCAGUCACAUAAACUCUGUGUUUGCAGAAAGCUGUCGCACUGUUUGCGUAAUCCACGCUUUCAUGGACGACGCAGUCAUGGAUUCAUUAUUCGAGAUAUUGGGGAGCAUUCAUGGGCUUAUCAGGGGAUCAGUAGCUUUGGCCGUCAUAGAACCUGGCUUUUUCAUUGAUCAUCCCCCUGGAGAUAUCGACAUCAUGACACCAUCUGGCACAAUGACUGAGUGGGUUGCAUGGUGCAACAGUCACGGUUUCGUGGACAGAGAGACUGGAGAGGUCAAUCCAGACAGAGAAGAUUCGACGAAAAGCAUUCUGUGGGUCAGGAUGCACAACGGAAUGGAGCUCAAAAUCCACCAAAGUCAAAACUCAUCUGCGUUGUUGACAUUGUUGACCUCCAAUUUGACGUCGCAAAUGAACACAAUUUCUCCUUUUCGAAUCUAUUGUUUUUACCCAUGGAUGACCGUCAACAGAAUAUUGAUCUCAUGCCAAGGAUCACCUACAACAUUGACCAACUGGAACGUCAGUCGAUCGAAUACUACUGGUCGACAUGUUUGUGGAAUGGGCCAUGUGGCCGAGGCUGCCCCAUGA